CAAGUGUCAAUACAUCUCGAAACACACCCGGUGACCCCUGUGUAUGGGGUUACCCCUCGACCUCGUGCUCUGGGUGCUGGGUGUCAGGUGUUUCAAUGGAUUUGGAUCGUUCACCAGGUGCCAAUCAGCCACGAAGAAGAAGAUUUAGAUCGUUGGCUCAUUCUGGACCUGGACGAACGUAAACGGGAACGCUCUGUUGACGGCUAUGGCGAGAUAUUCCAGCGACUCGGACUCGGAUCACAGCAGCAGGUACCGAAGGAAGCGAAAUCGAAAGUCGAGGUCUAGCAGCUCGGACAGCAGCGAGUCCUCGCCGCAUCGAAGGAGAUCGUCGAAGCACUCUAAAACGAAGCGCAAACACCGUUCACACUCGAGAAGUAGAGGAAGAGAUCGGAAUUCAAAGAGCUACAAAGGUUCCAGGAGCAGUCAUUCGCGAGAUCGAGACAGGAGACGUUACCGUUCCAGGACGGGCAGGUCGCACUCUUCGGAUCGUACGAGAAGAAAAGCUAGGUCCACGUCCAGAGAUAAGUCGCGAAGCCCCUCCAGCAGCUCGCAGUCGAAUCAGCCGAAAGUUAACGUAGAGAAGAACCAAAUUCUAGCGGUAAAAGACGAGUUUCCCAUUGAGCCACGUUUCAAAGACAGCGUAAUCGAGGAAAUAAACGCCGAGGGUUUCACACCCAAGCAGUUCACUUCGUCCGCUAGCAAAGAGAGUAAAUUUAAAAAUAUCGUUAUAGACAUUAGCUCGGAUACCAUACAGAUUCCACCGGUGUCUAACGUCUCCAGCGGCCCAGAAAGCAUAUUUCACACAUCGAUUAUGAUGGAUCAAGAAGCAAGGUUCGAUAAAUGGGUGAAGAAACUCUACACUCUUAGACAGAAAGCCAUAGCUGACUUGGUACAUACAAAUAAUAUUUGACCUAUGACUAUACGUUAGUAUUUUUUUUAUACUAAUGCAUAAUUGUAUAUGAAAACAA